AUUCUCAUAAUCUUCUUUUUUUUUUUUUUUUUUACGAAGCCCAGACUUACACAACCGCGCCGAUAUCGUAGAAUGGUAGAAGGUGAACCACACUCAAAGCCCAAUAAUAAGUGUGAUGUAAAGGACAAUCGUCUAAACGGCUGCGGUUCAAAAGACCUAGAACUUGCCGGUAUUGGGUCAAAAGGUAAAUCCUUAGACCCCGAAAAAGGAUCAUACAUAAAAGCUGACUUCGAGAAAGCUAUCGAACUAACCGAAUAUGGAAAGUUUCACUACUUUCUGCUGGCGGUGUGCGGGUUCGUCAGUACGAGCGAGGAGAUGGACGUAAUUUCUAUGUCCUUUAUCCUGCCGAGUGCACAAUGUGACUUGAACUUGAGUACCGCGGCCAAGGGAUGGCUCAGCUCAAUCAUAUUCAUUGGGAUGAUGGCAGGAGCUUAUGCGUGGGGUUCAGUCGCGGAUGCACUGGGCCGACGCAAAGUUCUUAUCGUUAUCUCAUUUAUGAACGCUUUAUGCAUCGUUGCCUCCAAAUUCCAGCCGAAAUCAAAGCGUGGUUCGAUGCUGUCAUUCAUGGCAGCAUUUUGGACCCUGGGAAAUCUAUUUGUCGCUGGAUUAGCGUGGCUGAUAAUUCCACAUGACAUCGGUAUAACAAGUACUUCAUUCACAUUCAACUCUUGGCGAAUUUUCCUGCUGAUCUGCGCUGCUCCGUCAUUCAUCGUGGCGGGACUACUGUUAUUACUGCCGGAGUCACCAAAAUAUUUAUUAUCACGCGGUAGAUACGACGAGGCACUCAAUAUAUUCCGUAAUAUAUACGCUAUUAAUACUGGAAAACCACGUGAAAGUUACACGGUUAAAGAGUUAAUCCUCGACGACUUUGCCAACAGUAAAAAUAUCGUUGAGCCGAUUAAGAGUACAGGAGGCACCAUUGGUGGUACCAAAGAUAAUAAUAAUAAGAAAAAAAAUAAGUACAAGAUUAUGUUUGGUGAUAUUAUGGAUAAUAGUAAACAAUUGUUUGUAUCACCGAUACUGCGUUUUACAGUGAUAUCUAUAAUUAUUAAUUUUACAUUUCACAUUGGUUACUAUGGUCUUAUGAUGUGGUUCCCGGAAUUGUUUAACCGCUUUGAUCUUUUCAAUCAACGUAAUCCUAAUCAAAAUACAGAUAUUUGUCAAGUUACUGAAUUUUAUAUUAAAGUUAAGAAUAAUAUUACUGAGCAAGACCAACCGUGUGAUAGCAAAAUUGGAGAAGCUGUUUUUAUUGAAUCACUUAUUACUGUUGCUUCGGCGAUACCGGCUAAUAUUCUUGCUGUUCUUGGUAUGGAUCGUUUGGGCCGAAAGUUUUUCCUCGUUUUUAGUACACUGUCAUCGGGUGCUUGCUCUGUUGGAUUAUAUUUUGUUUACAACAAAGUACACAACGUGAUAGUGUCAGCAUUCUUCAGCGGUGUAAUAAGUUGUGGUAACGCGGCGCUAGACUGUCUUAUCACCGAAGUAUUUCCUACAAAUCUACGUGCCACUGGUAUCGCUAUUUCGAUGGUAGCGGCUCGACUUGGUGGUAUUAUUGGUAAUAUCGUCAUAGCUCAGUUGCUAGACAUGUAUUGUCCUGCACCUACAUUUAUUGUGGCUGCUCUUCUUAUUGGAGGAGGAUUACUAUCACUAUUUUUACCAAACACAACUCGUGAACCACUUUCCUGA